AAAGUUAGCUCCAAAAUCUCUACUUUCUCUCAAAACAAAGCAACAAAAAUACCCCCACUGCUUCUCCUGCAGUAAAGAGGACAUGAGGAAUAUCUUUAGUUGUCUAGCUCUCUUUAAUAAAGAAAGAAAAUUUCCCCCUUUUUUAAAUUUCAAAAUACCCCACAUUUAAGUACCCCAUUCGUUUCCACAAUCUUUUCUCCCAAAUUCAAUAGCCCCCAUAAUCUUUGUUGUUGCUUCCUUCAUUAAUUCAAUCCCAAAAAUCCUUCCUUUGUAUGCACUCAACGAACAGAGUACAAAACUCCCCAAAAACUCAAAACACUUCCAAAUUCCCCACACACACACACACUCUUAUCUUAUUACUACAACCUAAUUAGCCUAACAACCUACGAGAAACCAUGUCCCAAGUUGACGUUUAUGCGAGUCCUAAUAUCCCAAUGGCACAAACUCCACCCCAUUCAAAUGGGUCGUUUGCCCCUGUUCUGAUAGUCCUAGCUAUCAUUUUCGUUCUGGUUGUCGUUUCUGUUGUUGUUGGAAGAAUAUGCAACAAGCGCUACCACAAAGGGGAUAAAGAGAAAUCCCAUGGCAAAGUGAAAUCACACGGGAAAGGGAAGAAAUCCAAGCAAAAGGACAAUUUCCGUAUUCAAGCUGGACACCAUGGAGUUGGAGGAGGAGAUCAAGGAGACAUUGAGUUUGGAUUCGACAAGAGAUUCGCCAGCGCCAAGGUUGCCGCAACUAAUGGAAUGGUGGACAACCAUAAUCCUCACUUCAAUUUCAAAGCCCCUCCUCCGAGUCAUAAAAUGCCUCAAUUCCAUCACGGUGGCGGCGGCGGUGAACCAAGAGGGCCUCAUGCAGUUAGAUUUGCGGAUGAUCAUAUUGAAUUCAGAACGGGUCAUUGAGAUAAUUGGCCUUUUUGGGGGGGAGUCAAAGUAGUCAACUGUCAAUACAUAUGGGAUGUAGGGUAAAGCUUAUGGGGAAGGGGACAGUAGUACUACUAAGGCGGAGACUGCACGUGCACACGUCUGCGGAGACUCCACGCGCACACGUUUUGAUCUGAUACUCGAAAAACCUUCUUGAUGGGUGCAAGAUAACCUGCACAAUUCAACACAGAAAUACGUUGUUAGUGGGGUUUGAACCCGGAACCUUUCUGUUGAUGUCAUGCUCAUUUACCACUUGGGCAACCCCUUUGUUGGCCUUUUAUUGAUAAUUAUGAUAAGAGAAUGGGAG